CUGGCGUUUACCCGCAGGAAGAUGGCGGCGGUCUCAAUGUCAGCGGCGCUGAGACAGGCGUUGUUGGGUAGAAGGGCAGUGGCUACAGCUGCAGGUUCCGUGUCUAGAGUCCCAUCCAGGUUGUUGAGCACAUCUACAUGGAAGCUGGCACAGGACCAAACUCAAGACACACAGCUUAUAACAGUUGAUGAGAAACUGGAUAUCACCACUUUAACUGGUGUUCCAGAAGAGCACAUCAAAACCAGAAAGGCCAGGAUCUUUGUUCCUGCUCGAAAUAAUAUGCAAUCUGGAGUAAACAACACAAAGAAAUGGAAGAUGGAGUUUGAUACAAGAGAGAGAUGGGAAAAUCCUUUGAUGGGCUGGGCGUCAACGGCUGAUCCCCUCUCCAACAUGGUUCUAACCUUCAAUACCAAAGAAGACGCAAUUGCCUUUGCAGAAAAAAAUGGAUGGAGCUAUGACGUGGAAGAGAAGAAGGUUCCGAAACCCAAGUCCAAGUCUUAUGGUGCAAAUUUUUCUUGGAACAAAAGAACAAGAGUGUCUACAAAAUAGGUCGGCGCUGGCUACAUUUCUACUUGACUGUGACUAAAGUCAGCUGCGCACUAUUUAUAGUCCAUGGAUAAUGCACCUCUUAAUCUCCUAAUAAAUGUGACCUUGAAACUACA